CAGUGGACCGCACUCACAGCCGUUAGUGUGUUACCGCGAGCUUUACCGUCCGGUCACCACAGGACAUACACAUACCCAUCAUCAGAGUCAGGUCGUAUCAGUAAAUGGCUUCCGUCGCCGGCAUCCGAGUCGUACAGCAACAGCAUCCGCGUGAAUUCGAACCACUACCACGAUCAUAGUUCGCCCCUGUGAGAUAUCGUAAACGCUCCACCGACCUUCUCGUCCGGGUUUCGUAUUCUGACGGUAUACAAUUUUCCAGUUUUCGUUUUUUUUUAUUUUGGAACCUUACAUUUUAAUCUCAAACACGGGACCGAAAAAAAACUGCACCGAGCAUCGAGUGCAAUAGCCGUGGCCAGUUGACUCCAAUCGAUCGACGAAAUUUAUCCUUUUCGAGGUGACUACUUUCAAUAACAUCGCAGUCAGGUAAUUAUAAAAGACUGUGUCGAUGAUGAUCCAAGCGGCGACAGUGUUUGCGGCGUUAUUGGCGGCCGCCAGUUGCCAGCAGCUUAUGCAGCAGCAGUUCAGCGUAGUCGAUCCGAACUCCGGUCAAACGGGAUCUGUGGGUUUUAUGCCGAUGAAAGACGAUCGUCGUGGGUCUGAGACGAUUCCCGAACGUCGCACAUCAGAACCGGCUCCCGAAUCGUCGUCUCCGCAGAGCAGAGAUUAUUCGGGUGGCCCAGAAUUUUACGGUUACAAUAACUAUCCAGCCAGUUACGGGCCACCAAGCUCCAGUUACGGAUCGUCAGAAAUAACUUUUGAACCAUCUGCGCCAGCUGACAACCCGUCUUAUUCCAGUCCCGGUGGUUACAGUCCAUCAUACUAUCCUGGAUAUGGAGAUGAUACGAAAAAAAGGAAACCCAGUUAUGCAACACCCUACUAUCCACCCACGUCGGUUUCUUGCCCAUCACCAUUCACCAACAACAUACUGUCUGACCUGCUGAAGACAGGAAGCACCGCAAAGUUCGGUCUGGUCAAGUCCGUUGUGGCGGCUAUAGCAACGCUGUUCCUGGCCAAGAUACCCAUACUGUUGGCCGUUAAGGCGCUCAUGCUCAAGCUGUUCGUCGUGCCGCUGGCCGUGGUCGUCCUGUCGCUGCCAGUGCUCAUUCCGGCCGCCCUCCUGUUGCAGCCGCUAUGGAAGCGGUGGAAGGAGUUUGUUGGCCUUGACUCGUCAUCAAAACAGCCGCAAAUGGUGAUGAUGAUGCCAGCCACGGAUUCCACAAAACCCGCCAACGACACAUCCGCGACGCCCGCUGCAACCAGGGCGCUGGAGAACAACCUGGAGAGUGUGCUCAGCAACCUGCUCGAGUCUGAGAGGUGCAUGGAAAGGCUGGCUUGUCAGCUAGGAGUUAGAGACGCCAGAUCCGAGUAUAAACAACAGGUGUCCUGGGUGUUGAAGUUCUUGCAGACUCUCCGUGUGGUCCAGAACAACGAACCGAUCAGAGACAAGCUAAAGCAAUACCGUGAGGCUUACAAUUAUGGUACCGAGACGGGACUGGGUACGGGCGAAGACGAAAACCUGGUGAACUCCGUCUGUUCUGAGGUGCGGUAUCCCUGUCGAAGUACUCAAAAAUCAUUGCAGAGAAGCACGAGGGCGCUAGUGGACUUUGCCGGAUUCUGAUGGUGACAUCAGACCAGUCUCACUUCUGAUAUUGUUGUACAUAAUGAUAUUACAAUGAAUUAUUAUUUAUCAAAACAACCGUGAUAGAUCUACUCGAUGAGAACCACGUGCACGGAAAUAUCAUUCAUUCAUGUCCGAAGACAAACAAGAGUCACAACAUUUAUAGUGACCUCUCAAGACGACUUUCAAAUCAUAUUGUUUUUACGAUAAAAACGAUAUAAUUUGUUCUUUCUGUUGUUUUUUCUAAUUUAUUUUAUAUCCAUUAAAUUUAGAAUUAAUUAGCGCGUUAUCGCUUAGGUGUCAUAAAAGUAUAAUAUAAUAUAUUGAUUGAAUAAUGCUAUACAUAUUUAACCAUAAAGUUUGAUAAGUUGUGUUAAAAUUUGCAAUCUGAAAUUAUGUUUAAUGCUUUAAUAUAGGACGUAUAUCUACUA